CGGUGUACGUGCGCGCCCCCUCCUAUCGCGUGGUGGAUAGCGACCAUAUUGCUGCUAGUGGCGGAGGUCGGGUUGCUCUCCCCCGUAAAGGCUCAAUCGAAAGCGGUUCUGUUGGCGUUGAAUUCAUGUUUUAACUGUGGACGUAUCCGGGUUUCGGACGGAAGCUCGUUUUGAAUUCGAGCGAGAGAGGAGCCCCGCACUCCCGCCGAACAACUUCACUUUUCCCCUUCGAGCACAUUCGGACCGGGGGGAGGAGAAGGAUUGGUAAUCCCGAAGGGGGUGGGAGAACGACGGCUGUUGGAAAUGGCCACUCAGGUGGAGGCACUCCUGCCGGCCAACCCGCUUAUCAACGCGGAGGAGCACGGCAAAGUGAUCCGCGGCGAACCGCAGCCAGAGGUCGACGGGGCCGAGCGGGGCCAGGCGGCGGCCGUCGCUGGAGAGGAAGAGCCCGGCUGCGGGGAGAGCUCCGGGAGUCCCAGGCGGCACACGGAAGCGGACGAAAGGGCUUGUGACAGCGAGACCAAACCCGACGAGGAAGGCGGUAGAAGCCGGAAGGAGUUUACCGAGGCUCCCCCACCCAAGGUGAACCCGUGGACCAGGAAAAUGAACGCGGUGACCGUGGUCAGCGUGAACGGACAAGCACAUCACGAGACAACUGUUCCUGCCAAAGUGGUGAGAGCGGGCAAUCCUCCCAAGGCCAGGCGCGGAGGAAAGGUCGGAGACUUUUGCGACGCCAAUAGCUGGCCAACCCCGGGGGAGAUCGCCACUAAAGACAUGCAGAUAGAGGCAGUGACACGGACCGUGUCCUGCCCGCCGACUGUCAGACAGGUCAAAGACCCGUGGAGAACCACUGCCCACAAGAGGACGACCACUAAAAAGGAGACGAAGGAGAAGCGCGAAAGCAACGAAGAGAGCAAGGAGAACCUGAAGACCAGUAAGUCGGAUGAUUCCGGAGAGGAGAAGAAUGGAGACGAUGACUCCCAGAAAAAUGGCCAGAAGAAAAAAGGAAACAAACAAAAGUGGGUCCCCCUGAUGAUCGAGGGUCCUCGGGAGCGCUCGGCCUCCCGGAAUAACAGCAGGCAGAACGAAACGCUCCGCCUGCCGCCAAACACCAGGAACGACCUCCGAGACUGGCACAGUCAGAAGUACGAACGGGAAUGGCGCGACGACCACGACGAAGUGUCCAGCGUAAAAAGCGAGGGUGCACCGUUUCGCGGCGGCUUCCGGGGACGCGGGCGCGGAAGAGGCCGCGGACGGGGCCGGGGACGAGGCAGAGGUCACUACGAAUACCACCAAGGCUACAAGUCGUACGAAAUGAAAGACGGACCUUACGGACAGAAGUUCAGCAACUCUGUUACCUACUACUAUGACAACAUGAGCAGCAGCGAGCUGUACUCAGUGGACCAGGACCUACUCAAGGACUACAUCAAGAGGCAGAUUGAGUACUACUUCAGCCUGGACAAUCUGGAGCGUGACUUUUUCCUACGCAGGAAGAUGGAUCAGGAAGGCUUCCUGCCUAUCGGACUCAUCGCUAGCUUCCAUAGAGUUCAGGCACUCACGACUGAUGUCAACAUUAUUCUGGAGUCUCUGAAGGACAGCAAGGAAGUGGAAGUGAUAGACAUGAAGAUCCGUCGGAAGGCUGAGCCCGAGAAGUGGCCCUUGCCGGGCCUGACCGUACCCAACCACACGGACUUUUCCCAACUCAUCAACUGCCCUGAAUUCGUUCCUAGGCAGCCUGCCGAGGACCCUGCAGGGUCUUUCAGGGCCUCGACUUCGACGCAGCGUCCGCCAAAGCCUGAAUCCGAAACGACCUCUAAUCUUAAGACGAUGCCCAAGGGCCUCUCCGCCAGCCUGCCAGACCUGGACUCUGAGUCCUGGAUCGAGGUCAAGAAGAGGCCCAGACCUUCGCCAGCUCGACCCAAGGUCAGCCCAGAGAAGGCGCCAUCUUCACAGCAGCAGAGGGAAAAAGACGAGGCCAACCGCUCGCCAUUGCCACAGUCCUCACCUUCUCCGGCCAACCCCGGAAACAAGGAGGGCGGCGAACAGGACGAGCCCGAAGAGCUAGAUUUCAUGUUCGACGAAGAGAUGGAGCAGAUGGACGGGCGGCGCAACACCUUCACCGAUUGGUCGGACGAGGACACAGACGGCGAGAUCGACGACCGCGACGUCAACAAGAUCCUGAUCGUAACGCAGACACCGCCAUAUCUGCGCAAGCACCCUGGCGGCGACCGCACAGGCCACCACACAUCGCGUGCCAAACUCUCCAGCGAGCUGGUCAAGGUCAUCAAUGAUGGCCUCUUCUACUACGAGCAGGACCUGUGGGAUGACACGUACGAGCCCGAAUACGCAACUAUCAAACAAGAAGUGGAGAACUUCAAGAAGGUUCACCUAAUCAGCCGCGAACAAUUUGACUGCCUGACCCCUGAGCCCCCAGUUGACCCCAACCAGGAAGUUCCCCCAGGUCCUCCACAACCCCAGCAGAUCCCUACAGAUGCCUUGGCGAACAAACUAUUUGGCGCCCCCGAGCCUUCGUCAAUAGCCCGGUCGCUCCCGACGACUGUGCCCGAGUCGCCCAACUACCGCAGUGCCCGCACGCCACGCACACCGCGCACCCCUCACCGGAAAGACGCCACCACGACGCCGCGCUUUUACCCGGUGGUUAAGGAAAGUCGGCCCGUCGACGCCAAGACUCCGAGGAAGCGGAAGACCCGGCACAGCUCCAACCCGCCCAUGGAGUGUCAUGUCGGUUGGGUGAUGGAUUCUAGAGAGCACCGUUCCAGAACCGCCUCUGUCAGCUCCAACGCCAGCCCGUCCGAGGGCACGCCCGCUUUGGGUAAUGUGGGCUGCACACCCCAGUCCCUCCCUAAGUUCCAGCAUCCUUCCCAUGAGCUGCUCAAGGAGAACGGCUUCACGCAACACGUCUACCACAAGUACCGCCGGCGCUGCCUAAAUGAGCGUAAGCGGCUAGGAAUCGGGCAGUCCCAGGAGAUGAACACGCUGUUCCGCUUCUGGUCCUUUUUCCUGCGAGAUCACUUCAACAGGAAGAUGUACGAGGAGUUUCGGCAGCUGGUGGUAGAAGACGGCAAAGAAGGAUACAGGUACGGUUUGGAGUGCCUGUUUAGGUACUAUAGCUACGGUUUGGAGAAGAAGUUUCGGCCGGAUAUCUUCAAAGACUUCCAGGAGGAGACCAUGAAAGACUAUGAGGCUGGUCAGCUGUACGGACUGGAGAAGUUUUGGGCCUUCCUCAAAUAUUCUAAAGCCAAAGCCUUGGAGAUAGACCCCAAGCUGCAGGAGUGUCUCAGCAAGUUCAAGCGUCUCGAAGACUUCAGAAUCGACCCGCCGAUGGAGGAAGGUGGCCGCCGGAGACACUCGUCCAGCGGGGAUGGCCGCCGUCGACACCCCUCCCAUCCUUCCAGUCGACCCCAAAGCCAGAACAGCUCUGCCUCCAGCCCCGUGUGCGGCGCCACGGCCAAGGAUGACGCCAAACCCGACGCCAAGACGCUCAAGUAAAAACACCAGCGGGACCCACACACGGAUUUCGAGUCGCACGCCGCCGGUUCUGGCUCUGCCCCAUCAGCUCUCCUUUGACGCAUCACUAUCUUUUUUCUUUUUUUUCUUGUUGAGGAAUAAGGAAAAAAUGAUCAUGUGCUUGAUGUUUUAAGUUUGGGAUUUUUUUUCUUAACGUGGCAAGCAAGCAAUGAGGUGUCAAACACAUUUUUUUCUUUGCAGAUUAUUGCCAGUCCACCUGGUGGAUUUUUUUUUAAGCGAUUUUAACAUCUACUUCUCUCUUAGUCUUUUUUUUUUUUUUUUUUUUUUUUUUUUUUUUUUAAUUUUGGUGCUGUUGAUGGCAUCCAGAGGCAAUUUUCUGACAAGCACGCGUGGUGACGACGGCCCCACUGACAACCGAGCGGACCAAAGCGCCUUCCAAUAUAAAAAAAUAUAAUAAUUUGACUUUCUGAAUUUUGGGGGGAUGAGGAAGAGAAGAAAAACACCCCAAAUGCUUAAAAAAAAGGAGACGGAGGAGAAACAGACUUGGUUGCGAGUUGCCUUAUUUUGAAUGGUUUUUCCGAGCACGUCUUGCCAAACCGCUUGAAGCGUCUUCCAAGUUCCAUUGAGGUCCUGUUACGAAUCCCGUGAUCCCCACCUUGGCUGUUGUCGUGUGGCUUUGUUCGUGUUUUGGCGCCCCCGACGUUGUUUUCCUGUGUCCCAUCCGUCAUCUUCAUCCAUCCGUCAAGGACUGGAAGAAUCAAUAAUCCGGAUUACUUGAAGAGGCAGGAAGUGUCAGGUGCUCUGGGUGGAGAUAAUUUUUUGGGGGGGGGUUCCUUCCCUCCAUACACACACAUGCAGCUCCAUGUCUCAGGCGCUCCUCGUGGACGUCCUCCAGUCGAUAUGUAAAUGUGAACUCAACCGAUGAAGAGACCUUUUCGCCGGAUGUUUUGGGCCUUACGUGUUCGUACUUAACGCUAAACGCUAUUGGAAUUAUUUUUUGCAGUAUCGUUAGUGUGACGCAGGCAGGAUCAUUUUUUUUCUCCUGUUCCUUUUCCUUUUUGACAUCAGGAACGUGUAUUUAAAGUGACAAAAGGGAACCAACAAAAGCUCAAGCGUAUGUUGUUUCAUGUUGAAAUUUGAUCAAUUCCCACCCCAGUUCUAAUCGGAGCCACAAUUAGAUUUGUAUUUGGAAACGCACUAAGAGUCUUAAAACAAAUCAGUCCUUCUUUUUUUUGCCCUUAUCACACGUUUUCCAGGACGAAUGCAUUGAAUUUCCUUUUGUGUUCUUUGUGGACGUCGCUGAUUUCAUCUUCCAGUGCGAGCGGAGCUGGACUUUUUUUGUUCUUCAGGGAGACGGAUCAGUUUAGAGGGCUCACAUUGCUGCAUCAGUGUUUUCCGCAGGCUUGAUGGCAAAUGAGAGGUAAAAAAAGAUGAAAGAAGAUUGAGGUCUGCCGCAAAUGUGUUACUCCUCCACCCGGCAGGACAUUUGGAGGAUUUUUGAGGCCUUGCGUGAGUUGUCCAGCCCCUCACACUCCAGGGGGCGCUACAAACUCGACGUGAGCUGGCCACAAAAUGGCGGACUGGUGCCCAGGAUGCAAAUAGAAAAAAAAAAAAACACAGACGCCUGUGCGGACUAUGGCUGGUUAUGAUGUCUUCAGACUGAAAAAGUACAAAUAUGUCAUAAAGCCAUAAGAAAUAUAACAAAAAAAACACACAAACUGUAUAUGAAGCAUUGAAAUUGUUCACUGCAUCGCUCGAAAAUAUCUUUAGGCUUGUCAUGAGGAAAACAAAAAAAGCAAGAAAAAAAAAUAUAAAACGGAAAAAUGUAAACUACUUGAAUGAGAUCUUGUAUUAUAACAUUUAAUAUUCACUAUCUGCUUUGUAGGCUGAUGUGAUUCGCUAUUAUUAGUGUUAUUUGUAAUUUGUAGUAAUUAUGCUUUUUCCUUUAAUAAAGAAAAAAAAAACACACAAAACGGACAAAAAAACCCUAAAACUUUGCCUUCCGAGUCAUCUUUUCCCAAUAUUUAGUGACAAAAUAUUUUAUUUGGAGAUUUGGUAUUACAAACACAAACAUUGCAUAUUACAUUUACACAUUGAGAUAUCAGUCAGUAAAAACAAUCAUAGUGCAAAAUAAUCAGGUUCCAAAAAUGUCUGAUGAAGAGGUUUUUUUUUUUAAAAUAGUUAAAACGGCUUGAAGUGGCCCGAUGGUCGGUCAGCGGUCCUUUUUUGGAGUGUCGGGGAUGCUCUCGGUGAGCGGGGUGAAUCCGGUUAGCAAGGUGUGCCGCUCGUAUUGCUUGGUCUCUCGGAAUUUUGCAUCGGUGCCGUGGAGGCGGUCUAGCACGCCGAACACGCCAAAACAUUGGUUGAACCUAGAACAAACCAAAAUUAAAUUCUACUUUCUUUACUACUUCUGUGAAGUUGGCCCACGAUCAGAUGCAAAUUUAUUGAAAAAUUGUCAUUCGUCAAUGCUAGGUUUGUGCUAGUAUUUUUUUUUUACAUUAACAAUUCUGUUAUAGGUCAAUCUGAGGUCAACCUGCCCCCUGUUUUGAUUAAAACGGUGUCAAACGUUUGUGCUACUAUCGUUUUUGAGAUAUUAAUUUCAAAUGAUGAGGUCACUUAGCCCUCAAUUUUUUGCAAAAUGGACCAGACUAUUGUUUUAUAGAUAUCGAGAAAUUUCGAGUGAUGACGUGGCUCGCAACCCCCUCAUUUACUGCGAAAUGGACCCGAAAGGGUGCCAUUCCUUUAUGCUACAUUUGCGUUAGGUGUUGGGACUGUGAUUGAGAGAGUUCGAGAGAGGUACGAUUCAUCAGCCACGACAGAGGUGCUGCGAUUGAAGUCACUCGCAUUUAACUCUUACUCCGCUACUUUGGGCUACACCAGAGUCGUUAAAUUUUUUCCUCUAUUCUACAUAUUAUUUUUCUGCCCGAGAUGCAAAGAGUAGCUCUACCAAUUUCACCAAUGAGACGUCGCAACAAUAAUCACAUGAAUCCAUUUCACCAAUCUGACACAAGCUUGCCGUUCUAUGAUCACGGCAGCCUGUUCAACCACGCGGCGUCUUUAAAGCACCGUAAAAAAUGAAGUAUUUGACAUGGAGCGCUGCCCUUAACAUUACUCGAAAGUGUGUAUUUAAACCUCCCAGUUUUUAUUUGGAACUAAUCACUACUCAAACUAGGAACUAUUGUCUCCACUAGAGGGCACUCAUGUUCUGUAGACGAAUAAUGCUUCAUUUCUGUCAUUUUUUUUUAUCUCGAGGGAAUUCAAUGGGUUUUUUUUUUUCCCCUUUGGCCUAAUGUGGUUAUGUAAAGUUAUUGUACAGUAUCAAUAGAAAAACAUGUUCAUAUACAGAAGUUUAUGCUGAGAGAAAAAAAUACAAUUUUUAAAAGAAAAAUAAUCAAAAUUAAGCUGUUACUCAGUACUUGGGCAUUCGUUUCACCGGAUACUUUUUUACUUCUACUUGUGUACAUUUUUUGAAUGGCUACUUUUGCCAAAAUAAUAUUAUUUUGAAGUAAUGCUACUCGAGAAAAAUUUUUGGCUACUCUACCCAGCUCUGAGUAUUACUGAAGUAAAAGUAGUCAUCCGAAAAAUGUACUCAAGUUGUAACAAAGUAUUUGGAAGAAAGGGCCGGGGCCCUAAAGUGUCACCCACGCAGCAUCUCUAUUCGCCUGCGGGACGAACACAUGUUAGUUGGGACUCACGCAUGACUAGGUGAAAUUAGACACACUCAAGUAGGAAACCUCGGUGUCAAGAUUAACGAAGAGAUAGCAUAGAAUAGGAUGCCAACAUACUCAAACUCGCAAGCGCUUCACACACAUACUGUGUUCUAGACCACAUGGAUGAUUUAGGUACACUUCACCCCUUCCAAUCACUUAUCUCCCAGCCCCCCCCCGUCUCCUUGAUAAUCAGGCCCCCGACAUGGUGAAAAUACAAUUAGCUAACGAUAGCUCUAACACAGGGUUCUUAACUGGGGUCCGAUCGAACCCUAGGGGUUCGGUGAGGAAGCCUCAGGGGUUAAGUGAAGUUUAAGAAAGGCAGUGACCUAUUUUUCGCGGUUAAUGGGGACCAGAACCCACCGCGAUAAGUAAAACACGAAGUAGCGUUUCCCCGGCCCAACUUUUUUGUGUGUGUGUGUGUGUUCAAUAUAUUUAUUCUAAUUUAGCAUUGGAAAGAGACACAUAUGACAUGUUUUUUAAAAAAAUUUUCCCAAAGUAAAAUUAAUUUAUACAUAUAUAUGUAUAUAUUUUUUAAAUAUAUAUUUAUAUAUUAAUAAAUGGUUUUCAAGCACUUCAAAUGUAAUAAUUAUACGUUUUAAACAUGUUACUGUCCCACCAAAUAAUUUCUAAACAAGAACAAAGUAAUAGAAAAAUGCUUGGCUUUAUUAAAUGCGUCAUUGAGUGAGUCCACGCAAAUCUGCUCAAGCUUCUCACUUACAAUAAGUUGCCACAGCAACUGUUUAACAAGUUAAGCGAUGAUUGACGCAUGCAGCGCUUUGAAGUUCGUGUCUCUGGCAAUAGUGUAAAGCGCUUUGAGCGCCUUGAAAGGUGGAAAAGCGCUAUAUAAGUAUAACACCAUUUACCAUCAAACCCAAACAUCUGUCAAUCAUUGUUAAAUUUGAUAACUCCAGUGCACAUGCACUGCCUGACAAAGAAAGCAGGGAGGGAGAAUGAGACGACGCGAUCGGUUCGGACAGUUUAUCUGAUUUUUUUUUUUUCCUUGAAAAAAAAUCCCUGAUGGAUUGAGGGCGCGAAGUACCGAGGGAUCACUGUAUUCAAUUUCUCUCAAAUGCUAGCACUCUACCUAAUGGGAGGAGAAAUUGGUUUGCACAGUGGAAAGUUGACUAGCACUUGGUAUGAGGAAGUAUAAUAAAAAAUAUAAUUUAUUUAAAGUAUAAUUUUUUUAAAAAGACGUAAUUUUUCACCAUGAAAAUAGUAUGUGAUGCAAGGAUGCGACAAUAAAAUGAGAAUGUAGACGUGAAAACAAAAAAGGGAACUGUGUGAAAUGAAAUCAGUUUAAUUUCAUUUACCAAUGUGAAAAUCAAAAGCAACAGGCAAAAUUAUUGGUAGUAAAUUAGAAAUCUGGAAGAUAUUUGAACAGGAAUUAUUUUAGAUGUUAGCUUGCUAGGUUUUGAAUUCAUGAAAAAAUGACUCUAUAAUGAAAUUCCGAAGGGUUCGGUGAAUCACCUGUGUAACCUGUAGGGUUCGGUACCUUUAGCAAGUUUAAGAACCACUGCUCUAACAUAUGAGAGUAGGCGAUUUAUGUAUUUCUUGUUGUUGUUUGUGCUUUUUCUAUAUAUCCCUCUUUUUUUGUUCCCCCAUAACCCUUCCUAUUCGCGGCUUUCUCCUAAUAAAAAGGUACGUUAAGAAAAAAAGUAUUUGCCGAAAAGAAUUCUCAAAUAAUGAGCAACUGCUUAAGAUGUUUGAUAUGAUUUUUUAAACAAUGGUAUUUUUUCCUCAGCACAAAGUUUUCUAUAUGAACUGUUAUUAUUAUACUGCACUAUAACAUAUUACACAACCACAUUAAGCCAAAGAAAUACAACAAAAAACAUUGAUUUCCGGUGUGGUAAAAAAAAAUCUACAGAAAUUAACAUUAUUCGUCUAAAGAGCAUGAGUGCCCUUUAGUGGAGAAAACAUAUUUCUUAUAAUGAAACAAAAACGAUUAUAUCUCCGGUUAUCUGUGGGCAAUUUUUGCCAAAUAAAAACAGGGAGAGGGAUUAAAAUAUGCGCUUCCGAGUUGUGUAGACGGCGGCGCUCUAUGCCAAAUACACGCUGGGGUCUCAUUUGUGAAAUUGGUUGAGCCACUGUUGGCAUUUCUGGCAAAAUAAAUCUAAUAUAGAGGGUAAAAAGGAAAAAUAUAAGGACUAGUGUAGUCCAAAGCAGUGGAGUGAGUAGCGCUUCUUCACUAAUCUACUCAAGUAAAAAGUAUGGCUUAGUAAAACUACUCUUUGAAGUACAUUUUUCUGUUACAUUUACUCCAUUACAUUUACUUGAGUAAUGCGUUACUGAGUACAGGUACUCCCUUUUGAAGCUCAUCAAGAGAAUGGCAAGAGUGUGCAAAAGAGUAAUCUGAGCACAGGCUGGCUACUUUGAAGAUACUAGAAUAUUAUACAUAUUUUUAGGUACUUCGCCGUUUUUUGUUAAGUACAUAAUUCCACAAGUGUUCAUUCAUAGUUUUAUUACCUUUAGUGAGAAUUUACAAUGUAAAUAGUCAUGAAAAGAAAACUCACGAAUGAGAAGGUGUGUCCAAACCUUUGGCCUGUACUGUACUAAUGGCACUAUUUCGAGUCUAGCAAUAUAUGGAGGGCUGCGUGACAUCAUCACUCGAAAUUAAUAUCUCAAAAACAAUAACAGCACAAACCAUUGACACCAUUUUUAGCCAUUUUUUAUCAAAAUGGGACGCGGGUUGACCUCAAAUUGACCUAUAAAAAUGUAUAUCUCAAAAACAUUAGCAGCACAAACUAAUGACAUUUUUCUAUAAAUUAGCGUCUGAUGGGGGGGCCAACUUUUCGAACAUUUCCGCUCGUCUGCUUGGCUGUCGCGUGUUUGUUUGGGCUCGCGUGCGGCUGGUUGUGAUUGGGCGCGCUCAGGUGGGGGGGCGGCAUAGAAUCGGUGGCCAACGGGCUUACACUCACAAGGGAUUCACACGAUUACUAGGAUCCAGAUCACAGUGCUGAUUUGUGUACACACUACCCCUCCCAAUCACUUAGCUUAUAGUCCCCCCCCUCCCUCUUCUUUCCCUGGUCAACCGGCCCCCCCACAGGGUGUCAACCGGAAAUACAUCUAGCUGACGAUAGCACCAACAUAUUAAUAGUUAGUGUAGGCGUUCAAUGUAUUUCUUGUUGUUGCUUUUUUGUUUUUUUCUGUUCCCCCAUAACCUCUUCUUGUUCGCUGCAGGUUUUAAGUUAUGUACAUAAUUCCACCCGUGUUCAUUCAUAGUUUUAUUACCUUUAGUGAGAAUUUACAAUGAAAUAGUCAUGAAAAGAAAACGCACGAAUGAAGUGUGUCCAAACUUUUGGCCUGUACUCUACCAAUGGCACUAUUUCGGGUUUAGCAAUAAAUGGAGGGCUGCGUGACGUCAUCACUUGAAAUUAAUCUAAAAAACGAUAACAGCACAAACCAUUCACACCAUUUUUAGCCAUUUUUCAUCAAAAUGGGAUGCGGGUUGACCUCAGAUUGACCUAUAAAAACAUUGUUAAUAUCUCAAAAACGAUAGCAGCACAAAUGAAUGACAUUUCACGGAGGUGUCAUUACAGACUAACCUUAAAUGAUGAAAAUCAUGGAACUCUGGUGAAGGCAGAAAAGGCAGGUGGUAUCCGCAGUGGGAGAUGGUAGUGCUGACCAAUGCCAGGCAGUACCACAUGCAUGUGCUGGACACGUGCGAGCACAGCAGCACGGGACCGAUCACCACUGGCAGCAGAUUGGAGAACUAAAGGCGUAAAAUGUCUUAUGUUAAUCAUCUGAUUCUAGUCUUUUUGUAGUUUCAUUUCUCUUCUGGCUAGUAAAGUGCGCAUUUACCACAUGUUCCAGCGGGUGAGCAUAAGUGGCGACUAGGCCGAUGGGGGCGGUCCACUCGUGGUGUUGCUUGUGGAAGUGCUUGUAGAGGCUGGGAUGGUGGAAAAGUCUUGAGCGCAAGAAAAGAGGAAACAAAUCACAUGUUUAAGCACCAGCAGUCACAUUUGUGUUUUUAUGUCUUAACAGUUGGGGUUUCCUACCUAUGUGAGUAGUAAAACAAAACUUCUUCCAGGAUUGAGAAGAUGGCCAGCUCGAUGAGGGCCCAGUGGAAGGUGGGGAGCUCAGGGCCACAUGGGUUGGACCUCCAGCGGGUCAGGUGGUAGGCGACCACCACCAUGGGCGCAGAGAUGAACAGCUGGUUGAAUGUCACAGUUUUAAGAGCUUGACGCAGUUUGUCUGGGUCCACCUGUGCAAAGAUGCAACUUUUUAGGGAAAAGCAUUUGUUUGAAUGUAAUACAGGACUCGUAUGGAAAACUGAGGCUAGGUUCAUACAGCAGGUCUUAAUGCAUGAAUCUGACUUUUUCGUGUUUUUGCGACUUGAGUAAGGCAUUAACUUGACAGUCCGAACGGAAAAAGUCGCAUAAAAGUAGACCAUUUCAAAUCUGAUCUGGGUCACUUUCAUAUGUGGUUAAAAUUCGAUCUGGGCCACAUUUUUCCAGAAUUUGGCUGCGGUCUGAACUGUCAAGUCUACCAAAUAGGAAUUCAUGCAGCAAUUACGUCAGCAAAGAGCGAGAGAGACUGGGCACUACGGUAGCGAUGGAGCUGUGUACUAGCAUUAGCACUUAGCUUCAACACGGCUUUUAAGGAAGAGGCGGGCUUGACAAUAGGCAUGUGCCGGUAUGAGAUUCUGAGGGUAUGAUAACUUUAAGCCAAAAUAUCACGGUUUUGCUAUUACAGCUCUAAAAUGUGUUACUUUGAGAUAUCUGGGUUAAAAAAAAACAACUUUUUAUUGAACAGGAUAUUUUUCAAAAACUUUAGCAAAUUGGAACAUUUUAAAAUAAAUAAAAUAAUUGACAGUGUUUACUAACCUUUACCACUGAAACUUCUAAAAUGCAGACUUUGGUCUGCACUCUGUACCCCCCAAUCCCCCCAGACCUUAUCCCCCGCAUCAUCUUCAUCUCCAACUGCCUUCCUUUGUAUUCUUAAGGACCCUUUCAACGUGUUGAGCACCUACUAGCCCUUCCCCUCCCCCUUACACACAGAAGUUCAUUUUGAGUGAGAGCAAACCACACAAUCAUAGACUUCAUUCAGACGUCAGAAUGGCACACACAAGAAGGAUGACAGCUGAACAAGCUUUAGCAAUGCUGCAGAGUAUGUCGGACUGCGAAUCUGAUGGUGGAAAUGAUGGAACCAUCGUGUUCCAGAAUGAAAAUGGCGCCAGCGGAUUCAGCGGAGAAUGUGAGUGUUUUUGCACCAGUAAAUCUUCUCCUCCAAAGGCGCACCAGGAGACGAGUAGUCAAUUAUGUGAUUGAGCAGGACAGUUCAAACACUGAGGCCUCACUACGUGAUGAGGAAUACACAGUGCAUGUCAACCCACCUCGGAGCAAAAAACUAAAAGUUGGUGAUGUUGGUACAACGCCUGGAUCCACAGAGAAGAGAAAAGAUGGCACUGUUAAGUUGCACCGGAAAAUAGGAGACUUUAAUGCUCCUGAAAUCCCACAAACUGCCUUCAAUGGUUCUGGAGGGCCAACAGAAUCAGCAAGACAUAAAAUCACAAGACACCUUCAAAGUUUCCUUUGUUUAGUUGGGUCUGAGCAUUAGAGGAGUUCCAGAAAAUCGAUUAUUACAUGCAUCGCAAUUCGACACGUGACUAUUCGAUUACGAUUCUUAAAGGUUCAAAAACGAUGUUUUUCCCCUCAUAACUUUUUGGCAGCCGCUCGUAGCGGAACGAAAUUCAAGACCCGUCUGCUAGGGUUGUUCCGAUCAUGUUUUUUUGCUCCCGAUCCGAUCCCGAUCAUUUUAGUUUGAGUAUCUGCCGAUCCCGAUAUUUCGCGAUCCGAUUGCUUUUUUUUGCUCCCGAUUCAAUUCCAAUCAUUCCCGAUAAUUUUUCCCGGUGAUAUACAUUUUGGCAAUGCAUUAAGAAAAAAAUGAAUAAAACUCGGACAAAUAUAUACAUUCAACAUACAGUACAUAAGUACUGUAUUUGUUUAUUAUGACAAUAAAUCCUCAAGAAGGCAUUUACAUUAUUAACAUUCUUUCUGUGAGAGGGAUCCACGGAUAGAAAGACUUGUGACUUUGUAUAUUGUGACUAAAUAUUGUCAUCUAGUGUAUUUGUUGAGCUUUCAGUAAACGAUACUGCAGCCAUACCCAAAUGCAUGAUGGGAAGUGGAACCAUGACUGCGUAGUGCUACAAAUUGAUAUAUCUUCUCUGCGUUGGGAAAUUACAUAAGCUGUUAAGAAAAAGAUCAGUUGCUACCUUACUUCCCUACAUUGAUUCCCAUGAUAUUUCUAAUCGUAGGGAGAGGGAUUGUAAGGCUUUAGCUAAUUAAAAAAAGGCUCCAAAAGCUACCAAAAUUCACUCUACUCACUUUACGCUGCCUUUUAUCUCUCUAUAUAGGUAAAACUGCGCCAUUACAGAUUGAGCGCGACAAUGCGUGAGUGGGUCAUGCAGCGCAUGCGAUAAUUGCGUUAAAUAUUUUAACGUGAUAAAUUUAAUAAAGUAACGGGAUAAAUUUGAUAACCAUACCUUUAGCCUAAACUAAAGACUCUGGAUGAGUGUAACAUUAUGUCUGUAACGUUAAAUACAAUUAGAAAACGAUUUAUUUAAAAGGCAUGGCCGAUAUUUUUUUGCUGAUUCCGAUACUUUGAAAAUGACGUGAUCGGACCCGAUCGUCGGGAUGCCGAUCGAUCGGGACAUCUCUACCGUCUGCCGCCGGGUACCGUGAACAGGCGUACGCACGUUAUGAUGGAUGCUGCUGGUUACGAGAUUUACUCCUUUUUAAAAGUCUUUUUAAAAGACUGGAAAAUGAAUUUGUGUAUGAGAGAGGCAGGGGCAGAAGCGCAACCCGGUGGUCGCGCUUUUGUGCGCAAGUUAUUUUUUUAGAGCAAGAGGGGUAGAGAGAUAGUUUGUUGCUCCUUGUCAUUUAAAGAUGUCCAGCAGUAGUUUUAAGGCAUUUCAAUUGAAAAAUGUCCUGAGUGUUUUGCUAAGACCCGUGUGCAUCUAAAAGAGGUGAGUACACGAACCCUCUUGUACUGUUCAGCCUUUAUUGUUGUUGUUUUUGAGAUGUUAAUAGUUAGCCCCGAGCGCUAAGCUAAUUCGCAAGCGUUUAUUUCAUAUGCAGAACGUGUAAAACCACGAUUAAGUACAGCGGUAACACUACAAACAUGUGAAAUCGUACAGAAUUCUGUGAAAACAAAGUAUAUUGGUUUAAAGAAGUCUCAUUUCUAAAGACACAUUUUUUUUUCCAGAAAAUGUGGCAUUCCACCUGUGUAAAUUUUAUUGUAUUGUUGAGAGAAAUAAGUACUCCCUUUAAAAUGGUUAAUGUUUUUGCACUUUCUUGUAAAAAAAUAGAUAAAUAAAAAAGCAGCUUAAGGGCAGCUUUUUGUUGUAUGGGCAUGUUUCCUUCGUUCCUGUUGAAUCAUUAGGAUAUAUUAAAUAAAUAAUGGACAUAAAUUUGUUUGGCUACUGUAUUAAGUAGUAAUGUACGAUGCAUCGAUAAUUGUGAUAACCGCGAUCAUUGUCAAUACUAGAGGUGCGCAAAAUUUCCGAUUCUUAGAUUAUUUGCGAUUCGGCCGUGGAAGAUUCGAGAACGAUUCACAAACAUCCAAAUUCCGAUUAUUGAAAUAUGCCAAGUAAAGCGGAAGUACAACACACUCAGUGCGCCGCGCGGGCUUCGGGACGGAACGGAGCGGGAGUAGCUAAACAUUAUGCUUCUCAUUAACCGGCCCCUCGGGUAAUGCCAACGCUCAACUCACGGCUCUAGCUCAACUCAUGCCACGAGAUAAAAAAACACAACAACAUACCUGACUGCUGCCGAAAAGCUGCUACAAGUACAGCUAAGCUACAUAAUGUUACAGUAAAUAUCAUUUAUAUAGGACUAGAUAGAUUGUAGACUCGGUAGCAGCACAUCUGCAAAAAGCUAGAUGCGGGCGUUAGUAAACGGCCGCCAUCUUAAAGCAGUAAACUUCCCUGCAAUGCUGUUGUAGCAAACCUUCCAAGCAAACCUAAUUAACUUUUUAUCUAAAAUACUCCUAAAUCGGUAAAAUAUUGACUUGAAUCUAUCUUUAAAAUAGUUUUAAAACUUUCACAUGUCAAAAGUAGACAAAAGGGAAAUUAUGGAAUAACGGGAGCAAUUUUAACAACUUUAACGGUUGAUUCACAACAUUAAAUGAAUUGAAUGUAGUUUAAAGCUGCUGAUACAGAAUGGGGACUGGAGUUUUUUUAUUUAAUGUUAUUUUUGUAUAUUUGUUUACUGCUAUAUGUUAACUUGAUACUGAAAUAGUAGUUUGGUUUAGCCUGAGAGUAUUUUUGAACAAUUUUGGAACUAAUGUACAAAACUUUAUUUAAAAAAAAAAAAAAAGGGAGGGGGGUGCAUCAAUAAUCGUUUUAUAAUCGAAUUGGAGCCUCUGAAUCGUAAUCGAAUCGUUAGGUGCCCAAAGAUUCCCAGCUCUAGUCAAUACCGCGAUCAUCGUUUAAUAAUCGCACCCUGAAUCGUAAUCGAAUCGAAUCGUGGGGUGCCUAAGAUGGCACACCCCUAGUGAGCAUGUUGCUGACCAUCAGAGAAUGCACAGUCCACGAGGGCCGCAGAACAAUCCCCGGCUGGCAGAUGAGCGUCUCCGAGCUGAUGGCGUUCCUUGCAAUCAUUUUUCGAAGAGCUGCCAUGGGUUACAUUGGUUCCAUACAACACAUGCGGGCGAAUAACUUUGGCAACCCAGACAUCAAACCAAUAAUGUCUCGUAACCGCUUUUUUGAAAAAAAGCGGUACCUUCGCUUUGACAACAAGGAUACCCGCAAGCGACGAAUACAGAAUGACAAGGUUGCAUCAAUUUCAGACAUCUGGCAGAAGUUUGUUCAGAACUGUAUAUCAUCCUACAGGCCAGUGCAGCAUGUUACUGUAGAUGAGCAGUUGUUUCAAUCACAGGUCCGUUGCCCCUUUCUGCGAUACAUUGCAUCUAAGCCUGACAAGUUUGGAAUCAAGUUUUGGAUUGCAGCAGAUCUGAUCUGGACACUAAAUACAUGUGUAAUACCUUCCCUUACUUGGGAAAAGACCCCACUCGUCCAACGGGAGAGAGGCUGUCAGAGAAUAUUGUUCUGAAAUUGAUGAAACCAUUUAUGGACCAGGGAAGGACUGUUACUAUGGACAAAUUUGUCACCUCCUUGUCAUUGGCUAACAGGCUCCUUCAACAAAAUACAACUCUGCUUGGUACAAUCAACAAAAACCGUCAGGAACUACCAGCAACUGCAACGGAAACCUCGGGGCGCCAGUUGCACUCCACACAGGUGUUUACAUCUGGAAGAGCCUUGCUGACUGUGUAUGCGACGAAAAAAAAAAUCUGUCUUUUGAGCACUAUGAAUCAGAAAUUGGAAGUUGUGGACACCCGAAAACAAAAACCAAACACUGUCGUUGAUUACAACCAUCUCAAAUGUGGUGUUGACAUCAUGGAACAGAAAUUGCGCAACUACUCUGUGCGUGCAGGAACAAGAAGAUGGCCCGUGGCUGUGUUUUAUAACCUGCUUGACAUGGCUGCCACAAAUGCGUAUGUUUUGUACACAGCAUGCAAAGGAUGAAAAGAAAGUCGCUGAUUAUUCAUGCUGGAGUUUUCAGCGGAGCUCAAAAACAGGCACAUGCAGGAAAAGACACAGGAGAAAGAGCGCAAACAGCUACUUCGUGAGAUGACAGGCUCUCAGCACAAAAAGACUCAGUGCCAGGUGGGCAUACUCUGCAAUGAAAACAGAAGUACUCAACGUUGUAUACACUGCCGCAAAUUUACCUGUGGCAGCUGUAGGAAAGCUUCACCUUGGGAAUGUGGAAACUGCUAGAUGGGACAAUUGUAUCCUACAUUUCUCCAUUUUAUAUGUAACGCUUUGUUCUUAUGUAGUCAGGCUGCACAUCUUUAUGUGAAACAAAAUUCUUUUUGAACUUAUACCUUCUGUUUCUGUGUUGUUUUUCAAAACUGAAAUUGAACUGUUUGGGGUGGUAAUUUCAUUCAUCUGUCCUCUGAAUAUGUGAUAUUUGCAGAGGAAAUUUUCAUUAUUGGUGUGUAGACUACAAUCAAAUUCUCAUUCACGAAGGAUUUUCUUUAGAAAUACAGUAUGUCUGAUGCAACUAUGCCCUAUGUAAAUUGCAACUAUGCCCUAUGUAAAAUGACAGGCUAUGAUAAUUUUUUUAUGGCAAAUUCUAAAUGUUCCUUGGCUCAAAAGACAAAACAGGAUGUGUGUGGUGUUGACUAAAUAAAAUAAAUAAAACACACAAUGCGUAUUACAAUUUGCAAACUCUGGCUGCAUUGUGAGUUUGCACAAUUUGCAGGACAAUGGUGAGCACCUACCGGCCACUCCCCUCGCCCCUAAAACACAAAACAAUUUGCAAUGCAUUGGAGACAACGAGGACCUUGAGAGGAAAUGAUCAGUCCUGCAGAGGGGGGAAGCAUGCAGCAAAAAUGGACAAUUUCGGCUCUCCAAAAAUGCGAAAUCAUAUUGGAGGUAUUGCCUCCUCUGCAGCCGCCCUCCGCAAACAUGUUUUACAUGUGGGUUGGCCCCUAAUAGGCCGCGGCCGAUUAUUUAUGUCUGUUAUUUGUGUCCUCUUUUUGGAAAUCAAAAUGAUCACCCUUGAAUGACGUUGAGCCAGCAUGUGUAGUCAUUUGUUCUGAUGCUCCUGCGCAUGCGGGUUCGUUUGCUCAGCGCAUCUUGGACUGCGAAUUACUGCACAUGCGUGAUACUUGUACGGGCUCAAUGGACAAAGGCAGUCUGAACAGGCACGCCAAAAAAAAAAAAAAAAAAAAAAACUGAAUCGAGCAUUAAGACCCGCACAUGAACCUAGCUUAAAAGUAUAAACAACAUUUUACCAGAUGGAAAGACUUUAAACAACAAAAUUUAAAAACAAAACAAAAAACAAAAAAAACAAUACAAACGAUACAUUCUAAAGAUAUUUAGGAACAAUAUUUUUCCAAUUAUGAAUUUAACAGUUUACAUUUGAAGACACUGUUGUAUAUCGACGAUCGAUUGUUUAGGCCUGGAAUUUAACAGCUAAGCUAAUUGAAUGACUCGCUAGCGACAUACUUUCUUCCCGCUUUAAUGCUCGACUAUCGAGUGAUUUAUUUGCCCUUGUUUUAACAUUCAUAACCAAGUAAUAUCCUUAAUCUGGACAACUUCGAAAAAUUUCAGCUGUGGGCCAGAAUACCAGUAAAUCGAAGGUGAAUGAUUGCUAACGAGGUUACAAUUUCCGGAUUUCUUUUCCUCGUGGGGCAAAUAGACUACUGUAUGUCAAUACUAAAGUUGAACAUCACCCCCUCCAGGAAGGGGGAUGUCACUACGGUUCUGCACCUACUGUCUUUUGACACGCUCCCGUGAUUGGUCUGCUUCAGAGAUGACAACUUGUUUUUAUUCCCACGAGAUCAACAUGCACUGUAUGAACAGCAAAAAUAAAUAAAACGCAAUCAAUACUCUGAUAACGCUUGUAGCUUAAUCUCCUGCACUGUUAUCAGCUAUCUAUCGUGGAAGUCUGCUGUUAUCUCGCCGGCAUGGCCGACAGCAGCAGCACUGACUGCAUUUAGUCAAACACCAGCCUGUAAAAGGACUUUGCACGCACACACUGAUAACGAAAUAUAUCUGAGCAUGUGUAACAAUAUGACAAUAGUUUAAAAACAUACAAUUUCAUCAAUUGUAUGCAUUUUGCCAUGUGUUUUAUAUUGUCCUUCAAUUUUAAAUUUGACUCGUAUUUUUGCGCUACUAAAACUUUUUUUGUUUUUUAAUGUUUCACCCAGCAUUUUCUGACUUUGUGAACAACAGUACUACUAACUUUGUUUUCUAUCUGCAGUCCAUCCGUCAAAUUUGUGCCGACGCAAUAACUAAUAUCAAAUGACCAGGAGGUUACAAGCGGGCAUCAAGCAAACGACUACAACUGAUCCAAAACUUGAUACGAGCUGAUAACGGCUGGACUGUUGCGUAACAUUUCAAGAAAAAAAAUGUUGGAAACCUACUGGAUUGUUCUUGUCAGCUUGGAUGCGGUAACGGGUGAUGAAGGACGGCCUCCCUGUGGUGUCCACCAAUAGCAACAGAGCGUUGAAGCCCCAGAACACGAUCGUGGGCACCACCAUUGUGCCUGUGGUCAAAAUAUUGUAUAUUUAAUACAAAGCAAUGCGUUACCUGUGUAGUAUGGGGUGUAAUUACUCAUGCAUUUAGACUUGAAUCCUCUGAAUUCUGCCUGGCAACAAACCAUCAAUUUUAUUUGUCGACAUUGCCAAUUACUUGUGGAAUUGUCCCAUUGUGAUCUGAUGGACCGAGUGGUGCUGGAUUUAGGCUUCUCAGUUCUGCCUAGCAACACGCUUGCUGAGCCGCUUUAUUAGUCAAUGUUGCUGCUUCUUGCUUGAGAUUUUAAAUUGCAUAAAUUUUGUGAUGUAUCCAAUACAAUGGUGCAACCAGAGGGUGGCCACGUCCACGGUCACUUCUGCAUUUCUAUGCACAUUAAAUCAUUAGUAACAUGAAAUAUAACACAAUAAACCAAAGUAUACAAGUGGGCGUGCCUAAACCUUUGUGGUAGUUUUCUACUAGCCUGUUUUUACUACAACAACAUUAUAAAAACCUGAAAUUAUGUAUUUUAGUUUUGGUAUGCCACCCCAAGAUUAUAAGUUGCCCCAUCUGGCCACCCAUAUGAAAAAUUUCUGGAGUCACCACUGACCCUGUGUUACAUACAAGAAUGAAUUAAAAUAUCUCGUAUAUAAAACUGCAGAUUUAUUUUCAAUCUAUUACAGUUGGGCAAAUAAGUAUUUAGUCAACCACUAAUUGUGCAAGUUCUCCCACUUGAAAAUAUUAGAGAGGCCUGUAAUUGUCAACAUGGGUAAACCUCAACCAUGAAAGACAGAAUGUGGGAGAAAAAAAACAGAAAAUCACAUUGUUUGAUUUUUAAAGAAUUUAUUUGCAAAUCAUGGUGGAAAAUACUGUAAGUAUUUGGUCAAUACCAAAAGUUCAUCUCAAUACUUUUUUAUGUACCCUUUGUUGGCAAUAACUGAGGCCAAACGUUUUCUGUAUGCUUCACAAGCUUUUUACACACUGUUGCUGGUAUUUUGGCCCAUUCCUCCAUGCAGAUCU